CUUGCUCACACAGUAAGAGCCUGCCUCUUCUUCCAGGACAUAAAAGCCUCCUCCAUCCACUCUUCAACCAGGACACAGACCUCUGCUCUCACAAAGAUUUCAGCAGCAACCAUGGCAACCUUCGUGGAGCUCAGUACCAAAGCCAAGAUGCCCCUGGUGGGCCUGGGCACCUGGAAGUCUCCCCCAGGCCAAGUCAAGGAAGCUGUGAAGGCAGCCAUUGAUGCUGGAUAUCGCCACUUUGACUGUGCCUAUGUGUAUCAGAAUGAGAGUGAGGUGGGAGAAGCCAUCCAAGAGAAGAUCAAAGAGAAGGCUGUGAGGCGGGAGGACCUCUUCAUCGUCAGCAAGCUGUGGUCCACUUUCUUUGAGAAAAGCCUGAUGAAGGAAGUCUUCCAGAAAACUCUCUCGAAUCUGAAGCUGGACUAUCUGGACCUGUAUCUAAUUCACUGGCCACAGGGACUUCAGGCUGGGAAAGAAUUCUUACCCAAAGACAGUCAAGGCAAAGUUCUCAUGAGUAAAUUCACGUUCUUGGAUGCCUGGGAGGGCAUGGAGGAACUGGUGGACCAGGGGCUGGUGAAAGCUUUGGGCGUCUCCAACUUCAACCACUUCCAGAUUGAAAGGCUCCUGAACAAGCCUGGACUGAAACAUAAGCCAGUGACCAACCAGGUCGAGUGCCACCCUUACCUCACCCAGGAAAAACUGAUCCAGUACUGUCACUCCAAGGGCAUCGUGGUCACAGCCUACAGUCCCCUGGGCUCCCCAGACAGACCUUAUGCCAAGCCUGAGGACCCCGUAGUGCUAGAGAUUCCCAAGAUCAAAGAGAUUGCUGCAAAGCAUAAGAAAACAAUAGCUCAGGUUCUGAUUCGAUUCCAUGUCCAAAGGAACGUGGCAGUGAUCCCCAAGUCUGUGACACCCUCACACAUAAAGGAGAACAUUCAGGUCUUUGACUUCCAGUUGAGUGAGGAGGACAUGGCCGCCAUUCUCAGCUUCAACAGGAACUGGAGGGCCUGUGGCCUGUUUGCGUAAGUGGUACC